GGCAACAAAUGUGGUUGUUGUUUUGGGUUGUUGCGCCAUAUAGCAUUUCUAAAACACCGUCUACCACACUACACAGACCAAAAACCCAGAAGACAGCCAUCUUCAUUUAUGAUCAGUGCCAGUAUGACAUCUACGUGAUAAGGUUGAUGGCCAGUUCCAGUCGAGCUAGCUUCAUGUGUUCGCCGGCUUCGUAAGGGGGAGAAUCAGGAUCGUGAUUGAGGAUAAUAGCAAGUUCCUGAGAGCUACGAGACUGGUGGAGAAGGUCGACUGCGAACUGCUGGCACUGGCGUCGCAGUUCCUGUCGUUUAAAAGACAGCAGGUUGCUUGAGAUGGGUCACGACCACUUCCGCUGCAUGCCUUCGUCCUAGGAGUCUCGUUAGGAUUGUAUAGAACCAGCGUCGCGAGGCCAUACAGCAAUUCCAAGACCGUCUGUAACCUGCGUGUGCGGCAACUUCUUUGGCACGGGUGUUGAGCGGGACUGCCUAUGCAGGCGAGAUGUGUGUGUGAUGGAAGGUGGAGGUAUUCCUGUUGGAACAGUAGUGUUGAUUGAGGAAGACAAGUAUGGAACCUAUGCAAAACUACUUCUAAAAUACUUCCUAGCAGAGGGAAUAGUGUCUGGUCAUUCUCUCAUUGUUGCAAGUCAAGAUUCGGACUGUGAAAACCUGGUUCGUGAACUGCCAGCACCAGUGCAGCUUGAUGAUUCUGUUCGUACCAGUGACUCUGAUGACAAGAUGACUAUCGCUUGGCGAUAUCAGAACAUGCGAGUGGUCCAGUCAUCCCCAACCAGCACCAGUUUUGGGCACAAUUAUGAUUUAACAAAGUCUCUAGAUGCUGAAAUUUUGAAGGCAGCAGAUGUUUGCUACUGGACUGGAUGCACAGGAUAUGGACAGAGUGAAAGUAGGUUUACAAAUCCUGCCUAUUAUGAUCUGCUCUGCACAAUACACAAUAAAAUUGAAGAGGGGCAGUUUGGAGUUGCAGCAAGUCCUGAGAAGCGGAAUAUUCUUCGCACAGCUGUGCAUUCCGUAGGAUCUCCCCUGUGGACAGAAGAAACACAUGUCUCAUCAUAUCAACAGAAGUCAGACCUCGCAUUAUUCUUUUAUUGCCUUCGUUCUCUCAUCCGAUCCGCUUAUGCCGUUUGCGUGCUUACGUUGCCGUCACACCUGUUUCAGGAAACAUCAAUCAUAAAGAGAUUGGAACAUUUAUGUGAUGCUUCAGUGAGACUGGAGUCAUUUGCAGGUUCAGAGAAGGAGACCAACCCAGUUUAUAAGGAUUAUCAUGGUCUCUUCCACAUAAAUCAGCUCCCUGCCAUCAACACGUUGAUGUCCCACGUUCCAGAGAGUUUUGAUCUCGCUUUCAAGUUACGACGAAAAAGGUUUCUCAUAGAGAAACUUCAUUUACCGCCAGAACUUCAGGAGACAACACAGCGAGAACAGGAUGAUCUGCCUUCUCUUGCAUCUGGUAUUUGUGGAGUGCAGACAAGGAGUAUUCUUGACUUUUGAGUCCACUCUGUAAAAUAAUGUUCGUGGAACUUGGAAUACAUAAAUUCAAAGUGCAUUUUAAUCAAUAUUCACAUUAUUCUGAGAAUGGUGGAGACAUUGGAAGUGCAAGUAAGAAACAUGUUGGGAAGAUGCACAAUGCAUUUGAGAUAGGUGUGUAAAAUAGGUCACUUAGUUUUUUAACGUGACGGCCGUAAAAUAUAAAAUUAGUAAUUAAAUCUGGAAUUGCAUGUC